AUGAGACUCAUCCCUCUACUUCUCACAGGCGCCUACGGCCUCUCCAUUCCCAUUGCAGAGGUCCAGAACUCCCCCGAGGAUCUCAGCUCUCUCGACAAGCGACAGACCCCUCCGGAGGUGUCCCAGAUUGUCGACGCAACUAAAGACCUCACCCAGGACCCUGCCUGGCAGGCCAUUGGCCAAAUGCUGAACGGAGGCAACGCUGCCACCAUGGAUACGGAACAAAAGUCCAGCGAGGCUGCUGCUGCUCAGACCGAGAUUCAGAGCUUGCUCACAAAGUACUACUCGUCCAUCCCCAACUGGCAGAGCAUUGUGAGCACUGCCACCGCCGGUCUUAACCAGGGCAGUGCAAACGGGCCGGCCGGAGGUAACGGCGGAAACCCUGUAAACGGGGGUCCUCAACAGUCCGGCAACAACCUCAUGGACCAGCUCAUGUCCGCACAAGCAGCGGCAUCUCGACAGCUCGCUUCUGCAUCGGCAGCCUCUGCUGCUCGCUCUUCAGCGCAGUCCCAGCCUCCUGCCCCCGCCACAGCCGUGGUUGUUCCUGCCAACACCAUCCCCACUAGAGAGCCCGACGGAAUCGCAGGCACCAUGCCCGGCAUUGUGGUCCAGAGCCAGUCUCAAAACUCACAGUCUUCGAGCUCCCCCAACACUGCCCCUGCUGGUAACAUUGCAGGUACACGAACCGGUCUCGUGGUGUUGCAGGGCCCCACCUCGACAUUGACCCCUAGCAGCACACCCCCCGCAGGCAACAUUGCCGGUACUCGAUCUGGACUCAUUGUGUUGCAGAACACAAACACAGCAUCUUCUUCUGCGUCUUCCAGACCACCGGCACCCUCCACGGUCACUGUGAGCCCCAGCAGCCCCGAAAACAUUGCUGGAACCAGAUCUGGUUUUGUUGUUGUUGGAAACACUGCCUCAAGCAGCAGCAGCAGCAGCAGCAGCAGCAGCAGCAGCAGCAGCAGCAGUCCCAGCGGUCCCUCCACCGUGACGCAAACCGCAGCUACCCCUACAGAUGCCACUGGAGCUCUUCUUCAGGGCAUUGCUGGUCUUUUGGGUGGAGGAGCGCUCGGAAACCUCGGCAACCUGGUCGGAGGAAGUUCCAUCGCUACUCCUACCGGUGGCACUCUUCCUACUGCUCCUGCUUCUGGUUCCCAGAGCGACCAUCCACAACCCGGACCUGAUGGAGUCGUGACCAUCACCAUUACCCCCGGCGCCAUGUUCCCCAAGGCCACCACCUUUGUCAGCGGCGCAGUUCCCAAGGGCGCCGCUCCUCUACUCGCUGUAUCUCUCGCUGCCCUCAUCCCUCUUUUGUUGUAA